UAACGCUGAGUGUACGACAAACCUCCACCAUUUUGGAAUUUUUGUGGUGGACUAUGACAGCUUUUAGUCUAAAAACCAUUGGAUAUAACUAAGUUUUCGGAAGUAACUCUUCGGUAUUGCGGGGUUGAGAUCCUGCUUGUUUUCUUAUCGGGAGACGAUCACUUUUAAUCCGUCAAAAUUUUCCUGGGCGUGCACUCGAAGAUGCCGCUGCAUCAACUUGCCGAUCCUUGGCAGAAGGUGGCCGUCAAAGAACAGGCAGAGGGAAAGAGCAGCGAAGAGAUGCUGGUGGAUAACACCAAUGAAUCAGAAGAUUCCGAGAUGAGAGAAAUUAACAUAACCAGCAUGGCCGCUGAGGGGCUUCAGAAAUCUGACCCCAGUCAGUUUGAACUCCUAAAGGUCUUAGGUCAGGGAUCAUUUGGAAAGGUGUUUCUUGUUAGGAAGGUAUUUGGAGAAGAUAGCGGAACGCUGUACGCGAUGAAAGUCCUCAAAAAAGCUACUCUCAAAGUUCGUGAUCGUAUGCGUACUAAGAUGGAGAGAAAUAUACUGGUAGACGUUAACCAUCCAUUUAUCGUUAAGCUGCACUAUGCAUUCCAGACUGAAGGGAAGUUAUAUUUGAUCUUGGAUUUCCUUCGUGGUGGAGACCUCUUCACUAGACUCUCAAAAGAGGUGAUGUUUACAGAGGAGGAUGUGAAGUUAUACCUCGCUGAGUUGGCUCUUGCUUUGGAUCAUCUUCAUGGCCUUGGAAUCAUCUAUAGAGAUCUCAAACCAGAAAAUAUUUUACUGGAUGCAUCAGGACACAUUAAGCUGACUGACUUUGGGUUGAGUAAAGAAUCAGUAGACAACAGUAAGACAUACUCCUUCUGUGGUACUGUGGAAUAUAUGGCCCCUGAAGUGGUCAAUCGUAGAGGUCAUACAACGGCUGCAGACUGGUGGUCAUUUGGUGUUCUUAUGUUUGAGAUGCUGACGGGUGCAUUACCAUUCCAGGGACAACAUCGUAAGGAGACAAUGGCCAUGAUACUCAAAGCCAAACUUGGCAUGCCUCAGUUCCUGAGUCCAGAAGCCCAGAGUCUUCUUCGUCAACUCUUUAAGAGAAAUCCAGCCAACCGUCUUGGAGCAGCAGACAAUGGUGUAGAGGACAUCAAGAAACAUCCCUUCUUUGCAUCCAUUGAUUUUGAGAAACUCCUGAGGAAAGAGAUCUCACCUCCAUUUAAGCCAGCCGUGUCUAACGCUGAUGAUACUUUCUAUUUUGAUACUGAGUUUACAUCCAGAACUCCUAAAGAUUCACCGGGUUUACCUCCUAGUGCCAGUGCCCAUCAGCUGUUCCGAGGGUUUAGCUACAUUGCUCCUGUCUUACUACAAGGAGAUGAAAUCAAAGCGGCUACCAAUAAUUCACAUACACAACAAACGGCCAAGGAUCUGAAGAUGCCAAUCAAACAUGCAAGAGUGACGAGCAUCACGGAAGAGUACGAACUUCAAGAUGUGAUAGGUCUUGGGUCUUUCUCUAAGUGUCUGCGAUGUCUUCAUAAGACGUCAGGUCAGCAUUAUGCAGUCAAGGUUAUCAAGAAAGGAAAGAAAGAUGUACAGGAAGAGAUUGAGGUUAUGUUGAGAUACGGCCAUCAUCCAAACAUCAUCACAUUACGAGACGUCUAUGAUGACGGUCAGAACGUCUACAUGGUGAUGGAAUUAAUGAAAGGAGGAGAACUUCUUGAUAAGAUCUUAAAGAAGAAACAUCUAUCGGAGAGAGAGGCUUGUGAAAUCAUGCAUGUUGUUACUAAGACAGUUGACUAUCUUCAUAAACAGAGGGUGGUCCACCGUGAUUUGAAGCCAAGUAACAUACUCUAUGCAGAUGAUUCAGGCACCCCUAGCUCCCUGAGAAUUAGUGACUUUGGGUUUGCUAAGCAGAUGCGAGCUGACAAUGGCAUGUUGAUGACGCCGUGCUACACGGCCAACUUUGUGGCUCCAGAGGUUCUUAAGAGACAAGGUUACGAUGCUGCAUGUGAUAUAUGGAGUUUGGGAGUUCUGCUCUUCACUAUGCUUGCAGGGUACACACCAUUUGCCCACGGUCCUGAUGAUUCACCUGAGAUGAUCUUAGCUAGAAUUGGAGAGGGGAAGUUUCCAAUGAUGGGUGGCAACUGGGAACAUGUGUCUCCCUCUGCUAAGGAAUUGGUUCGUUGGAUGCUUCAUGUAGAUCCAUUUAAGAGACCCACAGCAGCUAAAGUUCUGCAACAUGCCUGGAUGCAACAAUGUGAUCAGUUACCUCAGAAUAGAUUAACAACGCAGGAUUACGACCUCGUUAAGGGAGCAAUGAAAGCAACUUACUUGGCCUUGAACAACACACCAAGAAAGGAGAAUCUGGAACCAGUUACAUCCUCCAUGUUAGCCCAGCGUAGGAAGCUCAAGAAACUUAGCUCUACUACGCUCUGAUGAUCAAUGGUGUCAUCUCUUUUUGACACUAGAGGGCGCGCUCUUUAGGAUGAUACAUAGAACUAGAGAACUCAGUUGUCUGUAUGGUCAUCACUAGCGUGUGACAUACCUGAUUGAUAAAACAAGCAAAGGUUAAGGGGAUGUUUGGUCGAUCUUGUUCCAAAUGCUCUCAUGUUCUUAAUCAUACCUAAGAUGAUGAAAGGGGAAAGAGUACUGACUAAUAAUUUUCUUUUCAGUUCAAAAGCAUUACAUUUUUGAAACUAAACAAACUUUGUUUCUGGUUUGAACUCUACAGACAAAUUGUGCCAAUACCAUUUUGCAAGUCAUAGGACCUGACAGUUUCAUUCUUGCUAUGAGCCGAUCAUUACGCAAUAAAACCGUUGCAAACUGCAAACAAAUUGAAUGGCCUCACGUUUUGACCCUUGUAGAGGCUGAAAGGCUAAAAGUUUGCUUUAUAAAUGUCUUCCCUUUUACAAGACAUGUGAACUGGUGAAGUAACCACUAAGCAUCUCCUAAAUCUUGCAUUGUCAACUUCUGUAUUAUUGGAUGCAGUGAAACUGAUAUUGAAAAGGAUGAAUUUGUGUUGAGUUUUCUACCGUUUCAGCCUCAAGAUGGAUGGUGUAAGAGCGCCCUCUAGUGUUGAACUUACGAGCGAUUAUUGGCAUUAAUUAACAAGAAGGAUUAUUCCAUUAGUUGUUAUUUCUGAAUCACAUGAGUGAAGUACUCAGGUAUAUAUGGUUACUGAGAAAGAACUCAAAAAUUGAGUGGAAAGUUGUUUUGCAGGAAAUGUCAGUUACCAAUGAUUUACAUUUUGAAUGGUUGUCUGAUGUCAUUGUUUAAAGGAACACGUUGCCUUGGAUCGGUCGAGUUGGUCUUUGGAAAGCGUUUGUAACCGUUUGUUAUAAA